AUGACGAAGGUGUGGUUGAAAAGCCUACAAAAAAGUCAAAGGAGACCAAAAAGAAUUAGAAAUAGGGUUAUUUUUUAUCCUGAGUGUAAAGAAAUAGUUUGGGAGACUGGUCUUGCAUUUGAAAGUGCUAAGCAGUUUAGGAAAGCACUUACUAGGUAUGCAGUUCAAGAACAUGUAGAGUUGGAUAAAUAUGUCAAUGAACCAACUAGGGUGAGGGUAAAGUGCACUGCUGGUUGUCCAUGGUUAUUGUUUGCCAAUUACGAUUCUAGAACAAAUGAUUUUGUUGUGAAGAAUUAUAAUCCUGUUCACAAGUGCAAUGGCACAACAAAGAACAAGUUGGUAAAUUCUUUGUAUAUUUCAGAAAGGUACAAGGAUAGAAUUAUUUCUGAACCUGGCAUUAGAAUUUUUGAGCUUCAAAAUUUGGUAAGAAAGGAAUUGGAGGUGUAUAUUGGUAGGACUGUGGCAAGGAAAGCUAGAAGCAUUGUUUUGCAACAAAUCAUGGGUGACAAUGUAGAGGAGUUCAAAAGAAUUUUGGAUUAUAGGGAUGAGCUUUUAAGGACUAAUCCGGGUGUUAGUAAAGGGCAAUUGCUUGUGGCUGUUUGUAAGGAUGGGAACAACCAGAUGCUACCACUGGCUUGGGCAGUUGUUGAAGUUGAGAAUACUUUUACUUGGAGAUGGUUUGUCAACAUUCUAACUUUUACUUGGAGAUGGUUUGUCAACAUUCUAAGGCAUGAUCUUGAGCUUGGAGAUGGGACUGAUUUGACAACUCUUUCAGAUAUGCAAAAGGGUCUGGAUAUAGCCAUUAAGGAUCUGUUGCCAAAUGCAGAACAAAGAAUGUGUGCAAGACAUGUGCUUGCCAAUUUUUCCAAAAAAUGGAAAGGCAUAGAGAUUAGAAACUGCUUCUGGAGAUGUGCUAAGUCCACAUAUGAGCAGGAGUUGCAAAAAAAUUUGGAUCAUAUGGAGAAGUUAGGUGAUGGAAUAAAUGGAGAUUUGUUGUAUUACAACAUAGAUAGGUGGUCCAAGGUCUACUUUAAAUACCUCAGCUGUUGUGAUAGUGUUGACAACAACAUGGCCGAGAGUUUUAAUUCCUGGAUUUUGGGGCCAAGGCACAAGACCAUUAUCACAAUGCUUGAGGAAAUUAGAGUCAAAAUGAUGAGAAGGGUAGGACAACUAAGAGAGUUUUCUGAGACUUGGAUAACAAACAUCAGCCCAAUGGCUUUGAAGGUAUUGCAAGAGAACACAUCAAAGUCAAUGAAGUGUACUCUUGAAUGGAAUGGUGAAUAUGGCUUUGAGGUCAAGGACAGCUGGGGUAAUAAAUUCAUAGUAAAUCGAACGGCAAUACUUGCACUUGUAGAUCUUGGAUCUUUGAAAGGUAUUCCCCUGUCGUCAUGCCAUAGGCGCACUUCAUUUCGAAAAUUGGAACCUAUUGACUAUGUUGCACAUUGGCUUCUGAUGCAAGUGCAUCGAUUCUGGAAGGGGGCACCCUUUAAGAGGCCAAGAGUUGUGGGAAUGGGAGUACUUCAGACCCAAAGUGGUUUCAAAAUUGUCAAUCCUGGAAUGGCAAAUCAGACUCCAACCAUGCCUAUGAAUUCAGCGUGA